AUGAAUGCAUGCCCAUCAACAUUGCUUGUCGGUUGGAACAUUGAAGAAGCCGUGAACAUGUAUUUAAAGCCGUUCUUGGAUGAAUUGAAAAUUCUCUCAGAGGUUACGGUUGAUUCGCAAGUGCAGUAUUAUGCUCAACUGACUGUUACUCCAGAGAAAAAUGAGAAUGAGGGUUAUUAUUAUUUGAGACCGGAAAUGUUACUACAUUUUGUUAAUUCUGCAGAAUGGAAUUUAGCAUCUGCCGUGUCUUCAUAUCCAACUUUUAACCUAAUUUUGUAUAUACCAGAAGCAAAUCCAAGCCUUUACAUAUUUACAAUUCCAAAGGUGGCUAUAACGAUUGCUCGACGAUUAAGAAGACCACGUGCUAGAUCAUCCUAUCGAUAA